AAAUUGCGAUACGCAUGCGAGUGCGAACCGUAUUGCACAUAACAACUUCGUGUAUUGUCGUAUCAGUAGAGUAGAAAUAGUUCGUUUCCUUGUUCGUGUUCCUAACACCCAAGUAAAUUACCAAUAACCCCGCGGUAAUGUUGUUAUGGAGUGGUUGUUCAUCGUAGCUUCAGUAGUCGCGUCUUUCGUCGUCGUUAUAUUUUUCAUAUUCAUCGGUUGGUGUUUAGUGUGGAAGCUCUAUUUGUCAAAAUUUAAACUAGUCAGAGAACUUUUUUCUCAGCAAACACCAGAAGUUGAUAAUUCGAGUAAAACUCAAAAAAUUCUUUAAACUGCCAAAAAAUGAAUAUUCGCUG